UUCCCAUCAACGCGCAGUAGGAGAGGCUAGCUGAGCUAAGCUACCAGCUGGUUAAAGAGCAGCCCGCUGUGGUUGUCUUUGUUUCUCGUCUGAACGUCUUGACAUGUGGCAGCCUCUUCUUUAGUGUAAUAUUAGUGCUUCGCAAAAAGAAAGAAACGGAACCCAGCCGGUUUUAUUUUCCACCCAGUGCUGUGCUUUUGUCAAAACUGUUCCAGAAACAUGGCGGAUGGCGGGCAUUACUACAACGAGCAUGAUGAUAGGACUGCUCCACAGCAGUAUCGCAACCGUAAAGGCAGGGACGGCAACAAGGGUCGGUCAAAUGACAGGUCCCGCAGAGACCGCCCGAGAGGUGGUGGCCCUGGAGGCUUUGCAGGUCCUGGGCCACGGUCUAGGCUUGAUGAUCCCGAUGGAGAUGUAACUAUGAGCGACAACUCCCAGGACAGCAGCUCCCAGAACAGAUUCACGCCAUAUGGAAGACCUUUUCGGAAAAGAGGGGAUGGACGGUUUGACAGAGACAGACGACAAGGCAGAGGAGGAGGAGGAGGAGGAGGAAACAGGGGAGGUGGAGGCAACUUUAGGGGCCCGGACAGAGGUGGAGGAGGCGGCACUGGAGGAGUAGGGAAAACCCGGUCAGGAUGGUACAAAGUAACGAUACCACACGGGAGAAAAUAUGACAAGAAAUGGAUAUUGACAGCACUACAGAACAUCUGUUCAGUUACCUACACACCUGUCCAGUUCCACGUCGACCAUAAUCGAGCUCAUUUCUAUGUGGAUGAUUCAUCUGCUGCUACCGCUUUGCACAGAUGUUCCCACAAAAUCACAGACACAGAUGGCUAUAAGGUGGAAGUGCACGUCAACCCCAGCAAUCCACCAUCCUUUCUCCUCGCUGACCUGAAGCCUGAACACUUGGAACACCUUAAGCAAUGCAUGGCAAAACGUUUUGAUGGUUCUCAGCAAUCACUGGACUUGAACAACAUCAGAACGGACCCAGACUUGGUGUCCCAGAACAUUGAAGUCAUCUUGAACCGAAAGUCAAACAUGGAAGCUGUUAUCAAGAUCAUCCAAGAAAACAUUCCAGAGUUGACGUGCUUGAACAUGAGUAACAACCGAAUUCACAAACUGGAUGAACUUGGUGAAUUGGUUACAAAGGUGCCUAAUCUGAAGACACUCAACCUUUCCCACAACGAGCUGAAGUCCGACCGGGAGCUGGACAAAGUGAAAGGCCUGAAGCUGGUGGAACUGUGGCUCAACAGGAACCCGCUGUGUGACUUCUUCAAGGAUCAGGCCUCAUACAUCAGUGCUGUGCGACAGAGGUUUCCCCGGCUUCUUAAACUGGAUGGUAACGACCUCCCGCCACCCAUUGGCUUUGAUGUGGAAACGCCCACCACCAUUCCUCCCUGCAAGGGCAGCUGUUUUGGCUCUGAUGAAAUCAAGGCUCUUAUCCUUCGUUUCUUGCAACAGUACUACAGUAUCUACGACUCGGGGGACAGACAGCCGCUCCUUGAUGCUUACCAUGAUGGAGCAUCACUGUCCCUUACAACACCGUACUCUACCCAGAACCCCUCCAGGAGCAGUCUGGGAGAGUAUCAUAAAGACACCCGAAACCUGAAGAGGAUAAAAGACUCCACGAUACGGUUUCGACUCCUGAAGCACACGCGCCUGAACGUUGUGGCAUUCCUCAACGAGCUACCCAAAACUCAGCACGACAUCGCCUCCUUUACUGUUGAUGUGAACACUUACACUAACAUGCUACUAUCGUUCACAGUGAGCGGCGUCUUCAAAGAAGUUGUUGUUGAUGGAAAAUCCAGAGAGUCCACCAUGGCUUUCUCUCGGGUUUUCAUCACAGUCCCAGCAGGUGGUGCAGGUUUGUGCAUCGUGAACGACCAGAUGUUCAUCCGGAUGGCUACCACGGAGGAGAUUCGCAGAGCCUUUGUUGCUCCCGCUCCGACUCCAUCUUCGAGUCCUGUCCCCACUCUCACGGCGCCUCAGCAGGAGAUGCUCACUGCCUUCUCACUGAAAUCCGGCAUGAACCUGGAAUGGUCACAAAAGUGUCUUCAAGACAAUGGGUGGGAUUUUAACACAGCGGCACAAGUUUUCACCCAGUUAAAGACGGAAGGCAAGAUCCCCGACGUCGCGUUCAUAAAAUGAAGAGUUGAAUCAUAAUUCUGUGAAAUAAAGUCUGGAGUUAUUUUAUUUAUGACUUUUUGUUUUAUCCUUUUAUUCUUUUCUUUUCCUUUUAUUGAGAAUAAUGUAGAUCAAGUUAUUCAUGUAUACUGCUGUUAUUUUAUCAGCCAAAUGUCAACUGUUUGACCGAAGACACUGAUGUGGAGAUACUAAAUUGUACUAUCUUUAAUUUUUGGUCAUUGUUGUGGAAAUCACUUAAUGUUUUCAUAGGAAUAAAGACGAUGGUUUACUAUGUGGUCACAUUGUUUUGCUGUAUUAUGUUUAACAAUAAAAAAUAUUUUGUUACACAA